CUUUGGACAUCCUUUUAUCUUCUUUGCCGGACUUUUAUUUCUGAGAAGCCGGCUGGAACGGUCAAAAUGCGACUCCUGCCUCGUUUGUGUAGUAUUUUGCUAUUCACUGUGUUGGUAUUUGGUACUCUCGCUUACCUUUAUGUCCCCUUUGGCUUCACGAACGAUCCCCCGGAUAGAUUGUGCGUAUCACCUCACUACAAAAUUAAGCCAAACUCUUCGCUUCCAUUGCAGAGGAAGCCAGACUUCUAUCCGCCGUUAAGUACAUCGGGCCGAAAUAUCGUUGACAAGGACGGGAACGAAGUACAAUUACGUUCGAUCAACUGGUACGGAGCAAGCGACAUAUUUUUCGUGCCAUCGGGACUAGAUGUUGCGCAUCGAGACAAUAUCUCGGCGCUGAUUAGAAGGAUGGGCUUUAACAGCGUACGUUUGCCGUAUAGCGACGAACUUGUCCUCACUAAGCCCACCAUCGAGCCUCAUCUUCUUGAAUCUAAUCCAGAUCUGAUUGGUAAAAACGCUCUGGAGGUUUACCACUCAGUUAUCGAAAGUUUGACAAGCCAUGGUCUCUUUGUGAUACCAAACAACCACAUUACGCAAGGUACUUGGUGCUGUGGUGCAAAUCUAUGCGACGCUCAGUGGAGCAACGACUGGCUCGGGCCUAUAUGCCGGAUUCGACAAACGGAGACGCAAUGGAUAGAGAACUGGAAGGCCGUUAUGCACCCACUUGCAGAGAACAGACUGGUCAUCGGUGCCGACUUGAGGAACGAAGUUAGGGCGCUAUGGGGAACGCUGCGAUGGGCGACAUGGGCGGCAGCGGCGGAGCGAUGCUCUGAACAGCUGCUGGAUAUCAACCCAGACUGGCUUAUGAUCGUAGAAGGCUUGUCAUCAGCGAACGAUCUGUCUGGGGUGCGGAAACGACCUAUAGAGCUUUCCAUCGACAAUAAGGUCGUUUAUUCUUCUCACGUAUACGCGUGGUCGGGCUGGGGUCAGCACAAUCCGUACUCGAAAGCGACGUAUGAGGAAUUCGCUCAAGCUAUGCAGAAGAACUGGGCGUAUCUUGUGGAAGAGAAUAUCGCACCAGUGUGGGUUGGAGAGUUCGGCACCUCGGACAUGCCCACGAAAGGCGACAGAAAUUACUGGACUCAUCUGAUCCGAUACCUGCGGAACCUGGACGUCUCCUUUGGCUACUGGGCGAUAAAUCCCCGGAAGCCUUUGAACUAUGAGCGAGAGAGUUAUGGAAUGGUCGACGACAAUUGGGAAAUGGUGACAUGGGACUAUCGACUAGUCGACCUUCAAAAGCUGGGAUUGAACACCAGCCUGCUAGGCGAGUUGAAAUGAAGAUGGUCAGGUUAACCGCUCAAGGUUAAAGUUGGUUCUCAUGAUCAACAAAAGGCAACUCCACGAUACGCUCGACCCAGACGACCAUUUCUGAGCAAUGCGCGAAGGAGUGGUCUCACGCUUGCAUAUGAUUUGUUGGUGAGGCAUAUCGUGGUGUUAAAGCGGAACAUUUGGCUGCCAAGCCUGCCGCAUGUCUGGACAUCAACACCAAAUAAGUUCCACAAGACCAUCGCAGGACCAGCACAUGCAUCAUACUACAACGAGCCCGUUGAAGAGCUCGAUAACCUCCGUGUAUAGCUCAAGACACUGACCUUCUGACUAGAUGUCUGGGUUUUGCUCAGCCAAUCAAUUGAGCGCUCGUUCCACGAGUAUACUUCACGAGCAUGGUCUCGCAGCCGGCGACGAGGCCGGAGAAACUUAAGUUUGAUAGGAGGCGCAGUGCCGCGACUGCUAUUGGAAUGGAUCUGGCCACAAGAAGGUGCGCCGGCCCCUGUCUGUGCAGUGAACGAUGCAAUGAACAACGGUCAAAGGAGAUCUUUUGCACUGGUUAAAGUAGUCCUUCGUCUGGGGUCACAGGCUAUUCAUGGCUGGAAACUAUAACAUGAAGCUAGGCGCAGCAUCGCAGAAAGCGAAAUUGUCUUUAGAAUGAAUGUUGUCGUCGCACGGGACAGACUCCAGUCGUCUGAGAUUUCACUUCUACCGUCCUUCUUCCACUCCGUGUCACCCGUCGCAGUCAACCGACUUAAAAUAC